GUAGCUUCUAGAACUUUCUAUAACUUUCCAGUAAUAUAAAUAGUAGUAUAAAUACAGGGGCCUUAAGCCCACCAGUUCAGUUUAGUUCCAGCUGCCUAAGUGGAUACAUAUCUGCAUUUUUCUGAGAUGGCAUCAAGAGGCUGCAAGCAUCCGGCAGACGCAUUUUGCUAUGUCUGCAGCCAAUUUAUCAAGACAAGAGCGAAAAAGUACUCAGUGGAAGCAUCUGCUAAGAUGUGUGAGGCCUACAAGGCAUAUUUCAGCAUGCCUGUCAGGGAUCAAGACAAACCCUGGGCACCUCAUUUCACCUGCGAGCACUGCAAAAAAACUCUGGAAGGAUGGUACAGAGGGGAAAAGAGAGCCAUGAAGUUCGCUAUCCCAAGAAUUUGGCGGGAACACACUGACCACUCAAGCAACUGCUACUUCUGCAUGGUGGAACCUUCCAAACCUCGGACUGGCAAGAAUGCACCUGCUAUCACGUAUCCGGACCUUCCUUCAUCCAUCGCCCCGGUGCCACACUGCCAUGAGCUCCUCGUACACACUCCUCCGGAGAGCGAGCAGCCGUCUUUAGAAGAGAGCAGCAAGUCAGAGAGUGAGGAAGACGUUGUAGAUCCAGAUGACAAUUUCAGAGGUGGAGCUGAGGAGAGAAACCCAUACUACUCCAACCAAAAAGACCUCAACGACUUGAUUAGAGAUCUUGGUCUCACCAAGAUCUCUAAUAUUUACCCAAAGUUGCUGAUCUGCACAAGAAGAAAAUCCAAAAACUGAUAACAGAUUCUGAUAGUUUCGCUAUAGUUACUGAUGAAUUCACAGAUGCUGGAUGA